GCCGGGGCCGCGCUGGGAGCGGAGGCGGUGCCGUGGCGGCGGGCCGACAUGGCGGCCCCGCCCCUGGAGCGGAGCGGCACGUUCUCGGAGAUGUUUUAAGUUGAGCUCGCUUUUGGCCCAGUUGGUUCCCCUAUUCCGGCGAACGGCAACGCACAGAUGAAGAACAACCAGUCCCAAUUCUCCUUCCGGGGGGUGCGGAGCUCCAAGUUCCGGCACAUUUUCGGCUCGCCGGCGCGCCGCGACCGCUCCUACGACAGCCUCAAGAUCACGCGCAACGCACACGAUGGCAACUUCUGCGCGGCCAACCCAAAGUUCGUGGCUGUCGUCACGGAGGUGGCCGGCGGCGGAGCGUUCGUCGUCAUCCCCCUGGAGCGGACGGGCCGAGUGGACUCGUCCGUGGGGCGGGUGGCCGGCCACUCCGGGCCCGUGAUGGACAUCAAGUGGAACCCCUUCAACGACAACGUCAUCGCCUCGGGCUCCGACGACUGCACGGUCAAGGUGUGGUACAUCCCCGACACGGGCCUGAACGGCAACCUGACCGAGUGGCUGGUGGACCUGCGCGGGCACAAGCGGCGCGUCAGCUACAUCGACUGGCACCCGACUGCCGAGAACGUGCUCAUCAGUGCCGGCCUCGACCACCUGAUAAUCGUGUGGAACAUCAGCAAGGGUGAGGUGAUCAACGCCAUCGACUGUCACCCGGACGCCAUCUUCGGCAUGUCGCUGAACCGGGACGGCUCGCUGCUGGCCACCACGUGCAAGGACAAGAAGCUGCGCAUCAUCGAGCCGCGCUCUGGCCGCGUUCUGCAGGAGGGCCAGUGCCACGAGGGCGCCAAGGCGUGCAAGGUGCAGUACCUGGGCGACACGGGCCGAGUGCUCACCACCGGCUUCUCCAAGUUCUCGGACCGACAGUACGCCGUCUGGGACGAGCGCCGCCUCAGCGAGCCGCUCCGCCUCGAGAACAUCGACUCGUCGUCCGGCAUCAUCUACCCCUUCUACGACCCGGACACUCGCGUCCUCUUCCUGGCCGGGAAGGGCGACGGCAACAUCCGCUACUACGAGAUCGUGGACGAGCCCCCCUGGUGCCACUACCUGAACCAGUACAUCUCGGGCUCGCCGCAGCGCGGCCUGGGCGUGCUGACCAAGCGCGCCAUGGACACGCGCCGCUGCGAGAUCUUCCGCUUCUUCAAGCUGCACGCCACCAAAGAUCUGUGCGAGCCACUCACCAUGAUCGUGCCGCGCAAGAGUGACCAGUUCCAGGAAGACAUUUAUCCGGACACGGCGGCACCGACGCCGGCCCUGACCGCCGAGGAGUGGAUCGCCGGCCAGAACAAGCCGCCCGUGCUCAUGUCCCUGCGCACAGUCGGCGUGCCCCCAGGCGUUGCGGUGCGCACCCACAAGCCGGUCGGCCUCAACCGCGCUCAGGACGGCCUGAUCGCCGGCGACCGCAACACCGACCGCAAGUUCGCCUUCAUCUCGUCCGGCACGCGGCCCGACUACCGGCCGCAGCAGGAGAAAAACAACAAAACCAACAAAGAGAACGUGUCCCCUCGUCCGAAAGCUUCCCGCCCUGGCCCGAGUGCCGCCGGUCCCCGCUCCCGUAUGUCCAAAUCCGUCUCUGAGAAGGACCUCAGCCGCUGGAAAGCCGACCUGACCAUCAGCGAAAAGUCGGGCAAAAUCAAGGAGAUUAUCGAGCUGCUGGAGCGUCAGGCGCGCGCGCAGAUUCUGCGGGCCUCCGACUCUCGGCUGGACACCUCUGAGGACAGUGGCGUGACUUCUGCUGACUCUUCUGACGAACCAGCUGACACAGGGGACGACGACCUUGACAGCGACGACCGCCGACCGCAGGAACGACUAAACGAUGCGAACAAACCAGCGUCCAAGUUUCAGCAGAUCCAGCAGAUGUGGACUGAGCAGGAGCCGACCGGCCGGAGUCCACCGGCGGCCGACUCGGGCUAUCAGUCGAUGCCGCUGAAGUCGUGGAACGGCCUGCCGAGCGCGCCGGAGCAGCUGGGCGGCCACCGGCCGGUCACGGUCACCCCGGCCCGCCCCGAGCCCACCCAUAAGGCAGAGGUGGAGCUCCGUAAGCGGUACGCAGAACAGGCCGAAGAGAUCAAGCAGCUGAAGAACAUGCUUAACAUCAAGGAGCAGCGGAUCAGGGAGCUGGAGGACCAGCUAGACAACGUCCUGAAAACACAGAACGAAUCUACAGCGUGAGCCGCGCCCAUUUCGUGAUAUGUCCGCCUAGAAAUGAGUCGUGGGCCGCGCGUCAGCCAGCUCAUGGCCCACAGGCUUCGCGUGCCACGUGGUUUGGUACCGGUCGGGCCAGAUCCCCCGCCUGGGGGAGUGCCAGUGGGACGUGCUGAUGAACAGCGAGAGGUCACCACUGUUCGAGGUUCUGGCGAAGGCUGCCAGAGACAGACAGUAGUGCGUCGGUGCGAUCGCUUCUUGCGCUUGAGCGGCCGCUUAAGCGUAAGGAAGGUGGUCCUUGAUGCCACCUCGCUGCGCAAGCAAUGUGCAACAGCUCGCCACCGGUUAUAGACGGUGGUACGGAGUUACGGUUUCGUUUUUUAUAGAAGCGGCAUGCGUGUGUAUGUGUGCGCUGUGAUGGCGCGUAUCCGUCAACAUCUCAAAAGAUGAACACGAAAUGCCAGCUUACGACCGGCUUUCUAUUGCAUUCAUGCUCUGGGUUUCACCGGGCGGAGACCGUGCCGUACGGGCGAGGACAGAGGACAGGACGGCACAGACCGCGGUGCGCACCUCCGGCGAGAGAAGUGGGGCGUCACGAACAUGCGCCACCGCUUCGGUCCGCAGUGAUGCGGUGAUGUGACGGAGAGGGCGGACGGUCGGUACGUACCCCCUGCGCGGCCGCGGACGCGGCGUGGAUGAGAGGAAUAAUGUAUUUAAACAGAAAGCGCUAUCAGCUGCUGUGAUAUCUUUUAGGUGCUGGUGUUUCUGAAAUUUGAAGGCGCUCCAGAAAAUACCGUAUAAGCAGAACAUGGAUGCCUUGCCUCUGCGGCAGCACGUGAAAAGCGUAUUUACGUUUAAGCCUCCAUCGCUCCUGUUGCUGUAUGAACGUUUCUGUAUUAUGUCAGUGACGUGACCUGUGUAGCCACUAAGCUAAUCGCAUGGGGGCCAACACCAUACCGCGAAAACCUGUCGGGUGGGUCGAGAGGAUUUUUGGCGAACAAUAUUACAUGCCCUUUCAAUCCUCAAAAUGGGGCACGUUGUCGUGAACUAUGACCUAUGUACUCGGUGCAUGUCCGGGAUAACAUGGCCAUACAGUGGGCCCAUAUACUCGAGGUCAUGUCGCGGCCUUACCAUUGCUGCCUGUAUUGAGUGGAUGUCAAUGUGGAGGUGUGAGCGCAUGUUCGGCGCAGCGGCGAACGGCGCAGGCGACGCACAGGGCCGAUGGGCACGCAGGCGUGCUCGUCGCACCGAGUGACGAGCGUCCUGUGACGUCAUACCAUCGUGUGACGAGCGUGUACAAUAUAUUAAUCCCGCUGGCG